AUGGCCGAGCCCACUCCACCACCUCAAGCGCACCAACGCCACCACCAACCCAGCGGGCGCACGCCCACCACCAGCUCACCUAGCACGAGUCGCCGCAGAGCCACGGGGGCAAGGAUGGACCCUCGGCUAUGGAGCAUGCUCCCUCAACGCCUGAUCGACCGGUCCCUGGCCUUCCUCCCUCCACCUGCCCUCUGCCGCAUGCGCUCGGUUUGCAAGUAUUGGUACCACCUCCUCUCUUCCCGCAGCUUUCUUGAACUCUGCAACCUCCUCGCCCCGCAGUGGCGAUGGUUCCUGUUUCUCUCGAAGCAAACCGAGUCCUUCGGCUUCUUAUUCGAUCCCGAAACUGAUUCUUGGUUCAACCUCCCCAUGCCCCAAAUUCCACAGGGAUUUAGUGUGGUCGCAUCCGCCGGAGGGCUGCUUUGCUGGUCUGGAGAUGCAGGUGGACACCGGGCGUUGCUCGUUGGAAACCCGCUCACACGCACCGUUGUGUCGAUUCCGCCAUUAUUGCGACCUCGCUUCUUGCCUUCCGUCGGAUUGGUUGCAAACACCGACACAACAAGCUAUGAAAUCGUGGUUGCCGGCGAUGACCUUAUCUCGCCAUUCGCAGUGAAAAACCUCACGACUGAAGUGCUUUUCAGUGAAACGGGGGUCUGGCAGAUGGGGGGUGCAUUGCCAAGGCUGUGCAGCCUCGAGUCGGGGCGCAUGGUCCACUGCAAUGGCUUUAUGUAUUGCAUGAACUACAGUCCAUUCAGCGUGCUAGCAUAUGAUCUCAGCUGUGGGAUUUGGAUCAAGAUCCAAGCGCCGAUGCGCCGGUUUCUUCGCUGGCCAAGCCUUGUCGAGUGCAAUGGCCGGGUGCUGCUCGUUGCAGGCGUCGAGAAAAGCAAGUUGAGUGUUCCGAAGAGUGUGCGUGUGUGGGCACUGCAGGGGGGCCAAGCAUGGGUCGAGCUCGAGAGAAUGCCACAGGCACUGUAUGAGCGCGUCGCCGCAGAGGGCUGCACUGGUUUCACCUGCGUGGGGCAUGGAGAUAGCGUUGUUUUUAUUACUAAAAGUGACGAGGAAUUAUUGUUGUUCGAUGCGAAGCAGAAGGUGUGGCGGUGGUUGCCAAGGUCCCCGUUCAUGGGGGCUGAGCUCAGAGAGGGGCUGCAGGGUUUUGCGUAUGAUCCACGGAUGGGGGCGUGGCCAGCGACUCGGGCAGUGGUGGCUCAGCUUCAGGGAUCUUCUUCCUCUUCCUUUGGGUUUUAA